UUUGAAAAGUCGGGGCUGCUGAUCACGUGAAUACUUUCACUCCCGAAGUUGCAAGGAAAGAUGGCUUUUUCGGUUCGUCGCCUCCUCAUCAGCGAGAGUGUGGAUGCCAGUUGCAAGAAGAUCCUGGAGGAAAACGGAAUCAAAGUGGCAGAGAAGAAAAAUCUGACGAAGGAUGAGCUGCUUGCUGAAAUAAAGGACUAUGAUGGACUUAUAAUCCGUUCGGGAACAAAGGUUACAGCUGAUGUAAUAAAUGCUGCCAAGAAUCUGAAGAUAAUUGGUCGGGCAGGAACAGGAGUGGAUAAUGUGGACAUUGAUGCUUCAACAAGGAAUGGAAUUAUUGUGAUGAACACACCAAAUGGGAACACGAUCAGUGCCGCUGAAUUGACUUGUGCAAUGAUCAUGUGUUUGGCCAGGAAAAUUCCUCAAGGGGCUGCUUCCAUGAGAGCUGGAAACUGGGAGAGAAAGAAGUUCAUGGGCAUGGAGCUGUAUGGGAAAACUCUUGGAAUUGUGGGACUUGGAAGAAUUGGCAAAGAAGUAGCAACCAGAAUGCAGUCCUUUGGAAUGAAGACCAUAGGUUAUGAUCCAAUAAUUCCUGCUGAGGUGGUAGCUAAAUUUGGAGUAGAAUUUGUGUCCCUGGACUAUCUCUGGCCACAUUCUGACUUCAUCACAGUUCAUACACCUUUAAUGCCAUCUACUGAAGGAUUGCUGAAUGAUGAAACCUUUGCCAAAUGUAAAAAAGGAGUGAAGGUUAUCAACUGUGCCCGAGGAGGUAUUAUUGAUGAGAAUGCAUUGCUUCGAGCAAUGGAAUCUGGACAGUGUGGUGGUGCUGCAUUAGAUGUAUUUGUGGAGGAACCACCCAAGAAUCUCGGUCUCGUGAAUCAUCCAAAUGUAAUUGCCUGUCCACAUCUGGGAGCGAGUACCUAUGAAGCCCAGGAACGCUGUGGCAAGGAUAUUGCAGCUCAAAUUGUGGACAUGGUGAAGGGCAGCUCACUGGUUGGAGUGAUCAAUGCCCGGGCUCUCAGCCACGCUGUGAUUCCUGAAUCAAAACCUUGGAUCCAACUCGGGGAAGCGUUGGGAAUGGUGGCAAAAGCAUUUGCUGGGCAAGUAAACAGUCAAACAAAUGUGCAAGUUGCAACAGUAGGUUUGUCUCUGACAAAUACUGGGCAUUGUAUUGCCACAGCUGUGACCCUGGGGCUGCUUAAAGGAGAUUCGGAAAACCAUGUCAACCUUAUCAACGCUUCCUUACUUGCAAAAGAAACAGGAGUGACUGUGGUGAUCAAGCACGAUGAUACAGUUCCAGGGGCUCUCACUGAUGUGUGUGCUGUGGAGAUCACUACUUCCAGUGCCUCCCAUAAAUUUCUAGGUUCCAUUCAAACUAGCUUGCCAGUGCUCCUGGAGGUUGAUGGGGCAGCGUUCAAGCAGGCAGUUCCUCUCUGUGGAAAUUUGCUGAUUUACAAAGCUAUGGAAAAUCCUCAGGUUCUACAAUUUGUUGCAGGUGUGCUGGCCUCAGCUGGAAUUCAGAUUGAAUUAUAUAAUGUUACAAAUGCUGUGGAUGGAGACCAGUGGUGCAUUAUGGGAAUUACUUCAUUAUUAGUAGAUUUAAAUCUUCUUAAGCCACAUGUAAAGGUAUCAACACAGUUGACAAUAUGAAUAAGACAUUGCUAAUCCAUUCAGGAAAACCUAAGGAAAAUGUAGAACUUAAUUUGACCAUGUUUGGCUUGAAUUUAUUAUAACAAUGGUGCCUUUUUCAAUAGUACAAAAUGUCAAAUAAGCUAACAUAAACAAAAUAACAUAAAGCCAUUGCAUGAGCUAACAUAGUUUAUUGUGUUUUAUCUGUAAUAUGCCACCGCCUUUAACAUAAGCUAGUAGCAGUAAAUGCUAGAAAUGUUUAGCAUGUCAGGCAGUAUUUGUUCAAAGGUCUGUCACUGCAUUGUAGAACAGAUUGAUCAGUGGUAUUUGACAGGCAGAUAAUGUCUAAGCAACUGCUCUGGAACUAAACAAUGUUGAUAGCCCUCCCAUUCCACUGAGAUGGGUUCCAUGUCAAGUUACUGGUCUUAUGACUAUUUGCAUCUUUUGAUCUGUUAAAUAGGCAUUUCCAUUUGAAAUAGUAACUGUGAUAAAUAAUCCACCCUCAAACACAACUAUAUAUUCAGUAGAGAUUCACUGCCACAAGAACUUAUCAAGAGAGAACAAACACUUCUUCAAUGUGAAGCUAGAAACUUAAAUCCUUCGUGUCUAAUGUCCAGUCGAUCAUCACAACACGAGCCAAAAGCUUUCAGUGGUAAGCCUGUAGUUGGAACAUCAGGGAUUCUAUGACUUUGAAUACACUAUAGCUGAGCAGAGAUAGAGGAGACCUCUCUACUCACUCCCUGUGUUACGGCCAUGCAUGUAGCUGAAAUUCACCUUUGUGGAAAUCACAAAUCACUCACAACUGCCCUAACAGUGUGAGGAGGAGGAGAUGGGGAGAUUUGGGUAGUCCGUUGUAGCUUAGCAGCUUGAUAGUUUCAGGAGCCACCAAGGCCAAGGACAUCCCAGCGCAGAUACAGGAGGGGGGGGUGCGAACAGCUGGAGGUCGAGAUCUAUAUCUGUGACCAAUUCCAUCAUCUGGAAGAGAGAUGAAGUCCUAUGAAAAGAAUUUACGGAGAAAA